AUGUUUUGGUCUACGCUACUAUCGCUUGCGGCAUUCGUCAAGGCGGCGCCGCAAGUAACUCCUGUGAAAGGACCUGGAAGUAAUAGCCUUGUUAGAUUUGGAUGUUCCCAGGUCGUAAUUGAGCGACUUGACCCCCUCGUAAAUCCAGGGGUGAACCCAUCCCCGCACCUUCACCAGAAUGCUUUUAACGCUUCGAUUCCAUCCGCGGAUGUCUCGUCUUUGGCUACUUGCACCACGUGCAGCUUCAGUGACGACUUUUCUAACUACUGGACGGCCAACAUUUACUUCAAGGCGCGAAACGGUACUUAUAAGCGAGUGCCCCAGAUCCCGAAUAGGUUUCUUGAAGGGUCACAAGGCGGCGUGACGGUAUACUACCUGUCGCCUGGGAAGAGCACAGUUACUGCAUUUAAACCCGGAUUCCGCAUGCUUUUCGGAGAUUCUAUGAGACGCGAAAAGAAAGGGGCAGGUCUGAAGUCCCAGAGCUGUUUUCGCUGCUUCACAGGCCCCAACUUUAAGGGCGACGAUUAUUCGCCUUGUGCUGAUCCGAAGCUGGACACCGAGACGUUUCCUGCGAAACCGUGUCUAGGAGGCAUUCGAUCUAAUAUUCACUUUCCAAUUUGUUGGGAUGGAGAACGUCUAGACAGUCCAAACCAUCAGGACCAUGUAGCCUACCCCGUCGGAGGUCCUUCGUCGUUCGCUACUACUGGAAAUUGUCCGUCGACUCAUCCUAUUAAGAUUCCGCAGUUGAUGCUUGAGAUUGUCUGGGACACCACCGCGUUUAAUAAUCCGGAUGAUUGGCCCGAAGAUGGAUCUCAACCUUUCGUUUUAAGCACAGGAGACAACACCGGGUACGGUCAACACGCCGAUUAUGUAUUUGGAUGGAAAGACGACGCUCUCCAAAGAUUGAUGGAUGGGGCCUGCUUUGGUAACACCUGCAAGGGGGUGAAGACGCAGGCUUUCGCCGAAGCGAACAAAUGUUCUGUUCCAAACACUGUCGACGAGGUUACUGAAGGAUGGCUCGAGCAGCUCCCGGGAGAUGGAAGCGGGGCCUGAUUGCUGCGCCGAGGAUAAGUUCAGGAUAUUCAGUUAGUAGCAUCCGGUAGAAUCAUCGCGGAUCGCACGACGACGGUACUCUAUCGGAUCAGCGUUCAUACAACAUGAUUUUCUUCAUAAUCUUUAUGAAAUUUUUCCAUGUUUUGAAAACCUACCUAGACACCUAGAUAUGGUUCUAUCUUCAACGUGUUGAUGCCCGAUGAUCAAGAAAACAAACACAAG